CUGAAAACUGCUUGCCUUUCUCCUUCCACUGUCUCUAACAGGCGAGUCUCUCUCUCUACAAAUUAUCUUGACUAAUCCAAUCCAAGAAAGAUUUUUUCCUGAUGAACCUCGUAUCUCCCUUCAUGGGUUUGUGUUUUGUUUCUGGUUCUAUUUUCCUUGAUUGCUCACAACCUGCUCGACGAAAUUCCUGAAUAGAAACACUAAUCUUUUUUUCUUCUCUUUCCGACGGAGCUUUCUAUAGAUUUUUUUCAGUUAUUUAUGUGUAUUUUGUUGGUUUGUCAUCUGAUAUUUGAACAUUUAUUUCAGUAGAAAUCUUUGAGGGAUUCCAAUGGCAGAAGUGAGUCUAGGUAUGCUUAUAGACAUUGUGGAUGAGGAGUGGAUGAGAGACACUUUCCCUGAUGCCAAAGUUGUGUUUGGAUCUGACUCGCUUUUUGGGAAGUUUCUUACUCUGCCUCAUAUAGGCUCUGGUGGAAGGCUUUUGCCACCACCUCUUAGCAUGUUGCAGGAAGAAAGGCUGAGAAACAUUAAACGAAGAAUAUAAAUACCCUUUGAUGGAUCUCGAAUGAAGCAUCAAGAUGCACUUAGACAACUAUGGGGGUUAGCUUAUCCACAGAGGGAGC